AUGGCACCACGAGGGAGACUGCAAACUGGGCUAGACCGGGAUGUCUACCAGGUCGUUCGUGACUAUCUCCAUGUUCACCAUGGGUCACCGUCAGGGCUGCAAGUCACCGCCAUUUACGAUCAUAUCACCAAAUCCAACUCCAGCUUGAAGAGGAGGAGCAAGAAACAGCUGGAAGACUCAAUCGAAAGAGCCAUUGACUGCAUGCACGAAGACAAGAGUGGUGACGACGACGAAGUGGCAGCUCCCAAAAGCGAAGACAACAGUAAUGCAGAUCACUCCACUGACUGGAUGAACAAGCAAAUCGUCAGCCAAUGGGCAGUAUCAGCAGUGAAUGGCGAGAAAGAAAAGGGAAAGAAGCGCGACAGUGAAAGGACCAAGAGUGAGCGUGAAAGCAAGCGGCAGAAGAAGAUGGCUGCAGCGGAGGCGAAGAUCGACACCUCCGUACCCGACCACUGCUCGCUGGAUGACAUUGGCGGAGUCGACAACGUCGUCGAUGAGCUCAAGGAUCAUCUCGUGCUCCCACUACUCAACCCAGAAGAAUACAUCGAUUGUGGGAUAUCUAUUCCACGCGGCGUACUGCUGCACGGACCUCCAGGAUGCGGCAAAACCAUGAUCUGUCGCGCCUUCGCUGCUGAGCUUGGUGUACCAUUCAUUGAGAUUCUUGGCCCCUCAAUCGUCUCAAGCAUGUCGGGUGAGUCCGAGAAGCAGAUACGAGAGCACUUCGAGCGUGCCAAAGAGGUCGCGCCGUGUAUCAUCUUCAUUGACGAGAUUGACGUCAUCGCGCUCAAACGAGACAGCGCGCAAAGCCAGAUGGAGAAACGUAUCGUGGCACAACUCCUCAUUUCAAUGGACAGCCUGGCAAUGGAAAGCAACGAUGGCAAACCAGUCAUUGUACUGGCUGCAACAAACCGUCCUGACAGUCUGGAUCCUGCCCUGCGACGUGGCGGACGCUUCGGUACUGAAAUUAAUAUGGGUGUUCCUAACGAGCCUAUGCGCGAAAUGAUCCUCCGUGCUCUGACACGCAAAACUAAAGUGAAUGCCGAUAUCGACUAUCCCGCCUUGGCCAAGAGGACUGCUGGUUUCGUAGGCGCUGAUCUAAAAGAUCUUGUGAGUAAGGCUGCUACCUGGUCCUUGGACCAGUACAGGCUAGCACUCGAGGAGCAAGCUGCCGAAUACGAAACUGCCAUGGAUAUAGAUGAGGCGCAGCCCGCUUCCAAGAAGCCAUCAGCAUCAGUCCUCUCGGUCCGCCGACUGGUAAAGCGCCUCCGCGAUCCCAAGGCUGAGCGACCUGCUGGCCAUGACAAUACUGCCAUCAGUAUGCAAGCACUCGAGAAUGUCUUGCCUUUGAUUGUGCCCUCAUCCAAGCGAGAAGGCUUUGCGACAGUCCCAGACACAACUUGGAGUAAUGUUGGCGGCCUUGAGGGCGUUCGAGAAGAGCUCAAGAUGGCUAUUGUAGAGCCGUUAAUGAAUCCUGAACGAUACGCGAAGGUUGGAAUCUCAGCGCCUACCGGCGUGCUCCUCUGGGGUCCACCAGGAUGCGGUAAGACAUUGCUCGCAAAGGCCGUAGCGGCAGAGUCGAAAGCAAACUUCAUUAGCGUCAAGGGUCCCGAGCUUUUGAACAAGUAUGUCGGUGAAUCCGAGCGUGCUCUCCGUCAAUUGUUCAUGCGCGCCCGGUCCUCUGUCCCUUGUGUCAUUUUCUUCGACGAAAUCGAUGCUCUCGUGCCCAGGCGCAGCACUGAGCUCCACGAAGCCUCUGCCCGCGUUGUGAACACUCUACUCACCGAGCUCGACGGCCUCAAUCCACGUCAGGGCAUUUAUCUCAUCGCCGCCACUAACCGUCCGGAGAUGAUCGACGAGGCUAUGUUGCGCCCAGGGCGUCUGGAGACGUUGCUCUAUGUUGAGCUGCCGAAGCCAGAGGAGCGUGUAGGCAUCCUCAAGGCGCUCAUCCAACAAGGUGGCGCCAUGGACAUCGCGCUCGCAGAGCUGGGAAGAAGUGACGAGUGUAACAACUUUAGUGGAGCCGAUUUGCAGAGUCUGCUGAGGAAGGCGGGGCAAAAUGCGUUGAGAAGAGGUUCUGAUAUUGUGCAAGAGAUGGACUUUACAGAGGCGGCCAAGUGCAUCCGACCCAGUGUAGGUGAUAUCAAGAAGUAUGAGGAGUUGAGAGAGCGUUUUGAGACAAAGAUCUUAUGA